CAAUAAACUAGGAGCACCUUGGUUAGUUUCCCUCUUCCUCUCCGAUUCCGUGCUUUCCAUUUCUGAAUCCUUGCAGGAAUCGGAAAUCGAUUUUCUAGUGCAUAUCAUCCGACAGAGGGAGGUAUAGAUAUCAUCUGAAAAACACAAAAAAAAAAAAAAAAAGAAAGAAAGAAAAGAAAAGAAUAAAGAAGAAAUAAAAGAAUUUUUUUUUCUUGGGAUAAUUUUCAAUAAAAUUAUUCAAGAUGAUGAGCAAAGUAGUUGUAUCAGCUUUUUCGCUCAUUCUAGUAGUUGGGGUGGUGAUUGGGGUUGUCGCCGUCGUCCAUCGAGGUGGAAGCGAAAGUGGUGACAAGGUGUCUACCUCCACAAAGAAUGUAGCUCAAAUAUGUCAACCCACCGAUUACAAGGAAGUUUGUGAAAAGAGUCUUGGUUCUGUAAAUAAUACUGAGGAUCCCAAGGAAUAUGUAAUGGCAGCUAUCUUAGCCACUAUGGAAGCUGCCAAAAAAUCUUUUAAUUUGUCUGACGAUCUAGUAGUGAAGACAAAAUCAUCUGAUCCUGACACAAAAAUGGCCCUGGAAGAUUGCAAAGAAUUGUUGGAUGAUGCAGUUGAAGAGCUUCAGGCAUCGUUCGCUUCGGUGGGUGAAAGCAGCCUUCACACCAUGGAUAAACGUGUAGCUGAGCUACAGAACUGGCUGAGUGCAGUUAUCACUUACCAACAAACCUGCUUGGAUCAAUUUGGUGAUCCGAAUAGUCAGUAUAAAUCCACCAUGAAAGAUGGUAUGGUAGACGCAAGCCAACUCACCAGUAAUGCCUUAGCUAUCGUAAAUGCAUUGGCAAAGAUUGUAUCUUCACUGGGACUAAAGUUUAAUUUUGGUAGUGAUAGCGGCAAUAGUACUCGGAGGCUUCUUUCAGUUGGUGAGGAUGGCUAUCCCACCUGGUACUCUAGCCCAAAACGUAGGCUUAUGGCCACACAAGACCUUAGCACCAUUAAGCCUAAUGCCACUGUGGCUUUGGAUGGUAGUGGAGAUUUCAAGACCAUUACUGAAGCUCUUAACUCUAUCCCACUAAAGAAUGAAGGCCCAUUUACCAUCUACGUUAAGGAAGGAGUUUACAAAGAAUAUGUGUCUGUGGACAAGAAAAAGGUCAAUGUGUUCAUGUAUGGUGAUGGCCCUCUGAAAACCAUCGUCACAGGAAGCCACAGCAAUAAAACUGGCUACAAAACCAUGAGAUCUGCCACAUUCGAGGCUCUAGGAGAAGGAUUCACUGCCAGAUCGAUGGCCUUCGAAAACACUGCAGGUCCAGAAGGUCACCAGGCUGUGGCACUCCGAGUCCAGGCAGAUAGAGCAGCAUUUUUCGACUGCAAGAUUGAUGGGUAUCAAGACACCUUGUACGUCCAAGCCCAUCGCCAAUUUUUCAGCAAGUGUUCAAUUUCAGGCACAAUUGAUUUCAUCUUCGGAGACGCCUCUUGCGUGAUCCAGAACUCUGAAAUUGUGGUGAGGAGACCAAUGAAUAACCAAUUUAACACUGUAACUGCACAAGGCAGGGCUAUCAGGCAUCAAACCACUGGAUUAGUCCUCCAGAAUUGCACAAUUAUAGGUGAGGACAAGCUAUUACCUGACAAGAACACCCUUUUAUCAUACUUGGGCAGGCCCUGGAAGGAAUUUUCAAGGGCAGUGAUCAUGGAAUCAGAAAUUACAGAUGUCAUUCACCCAGAUGGGUGGCUACCAUGGAAUGGAAAUUUGUACCUUGACACCUUGGAGUUCAUUGAGUAUGGCAACACUGGCACCGGAGCGGCCACCGAUAAGAGGGUUAAAUGGAAGGGUUUCAAGGUCAUGACUGACAAGAAUGAAGCUACUCAAUUCACUGUCGAUCCUUUCAUCCAAGGAAACGAAUGGCUGAAUGGGACCAAUGGAAAUUAUAUCCCAGGCUUGAUACGUUAAUAUUUGCUGUUUUAGCAUUCAAAGUGGUCUAUAAGACCCCUCUUAGAGCUCAAAUAAUGCAAUUAGGCAAAUGAAAAUGCCUAAUCUUUUGUUUUGUUUUGUUUUAAUGAUUUUUUUAAUAUUCUAUUGUAAUCCAAUUUGAUAUAUUAAUUGUAAUUAUAUUUUUUGAUUCUUCAA